AUUCGGGAGAAAAGCGUUGCAAAAUAAAUAGAUCUAGUCCUCGUCCUCGUAACAAUGUGCGGAGGUUUUACCUGUUCCAAGAACGCACUGAUUGCGUUGAACAUCCUCUAUGUGUUGGUUGGCUUCCUGCUGAUCGGAGUCGGUGUGUACAGUCGGGCAGCAUCGAUCGUCACCAAUCUGCCAAUCAUCGGCGGUAUCCUGGUAUGCGGCGUCAUACUGAUCCUAAUUUCCGUGCUCGGGCUAAUUGGCGCUAACAAGCACCAUCAGGUGAUGCUGUUCUUCUACAUGAUCAUACUGUUUCUGCUGUUCUUGGUUCAGUUUUCGAUCGCGUGCAGCUGCCUGGCCGUCAGCUCGGAUCGACAGCAGCAGUUCGCCAAGCAAGGGUGGUCUUUGGCGCCCAUCGAGCUCAAGAAAGAAGUGCAAGAUAAGUUUCUCUGCUGCGGUUUCAACGCAUCCACACCGAUGGACGGCGGCGGCGACGGCGACAAUGGAUCACAUCCUUCGUGCCGGCAGGUCAACCAGGUGUGCUGUCCCGCAACCAGUCCCACGGACUGCCAGUGUCCGCCAUGCAGUGUGAAGCUCGAGAACAACAUCGACUAUGCGUUCCGCCUGACCGGCAGCAUUGGAUUAUUCUUCAGCUUCACUGAGAUCAUCGCUAUUUUCCUGACGCGCCACUAUCGCAACUUGCAGGAUCCUGAUCAUCUUCCGGCACGGGCCAUUUUUCCACGCAGUAACUACGUUUAUUGAAUCGCAAAAUGCAAAUUACGCGACAAAAUGACCGAAGCGUGGUUAAGAUGGCCAUGUCAAACGCGCUGAGGAUUGUGAUAGGCCAACGAGAUCAUUUCUGCAGCAUCAACGAUUCUCUAAUCACCACUCUGUGACGCAUUGCGCUGUGUGUGUGUGUGUGUGUGUGUGUGUGUGUGUAUGUAUGUAUGUGGCUGCGUAAUCAUGUUUUCCAAAGAUUUUUAGAACAGAUCCGGCCAAAUGACUUCUCUCCCUCCUAUGCCGGGUGCAAUUAGAUGCUGUCGAACUUGCAGCCCAGUCCAACAAUCUCAUUUAUGUUCGUGACACAGACCCAUGGCAGCAUUUCUGUUUCCCUCUUAAAGAACGGGUUGGGUCGAAUUUCUUAUGGCAGCAUAUGGUAGGCUAUACUAUUACGACGUCGCAUUGGCUUUCUUUUCAUGGAGUGCAAACAGUGACUGUUAUAUUUUGUUUGUUUGUUAUUAGCCAAUUGUGUAUCGAUGUGAUCUAUUAUACAUAUUAUCAGUUUUAAAAAUAGGUUAUGGAGAACUUACAACGAUGUAAAAACCACCAGCUCAAGUGGACACAGUAAAAUUACUAAAAUUAAACGAGAUAACCAUGGAUGAGCUGUACAUCAAGCAGUCGAAACAUUUCAUAAACAGAUUGCGGUACAGAGCUGAUUUUAGUUAGUUUUUCUCUGCCAAUUAUUUUAGUCUAAAUGGAGCGUGCGCGUCACAUAUCGUAUAGUGUGUAAUGUAAAGGCUGGAUAGUUAUUCAUCACAGACAUCGCAUCAAUGUUACUAUAUACUCGUAAAGUGGUAACACUGUGUGGUGGUUGCAUAAUGGGUGUAUCUCCAUUUCUUUUCAAUGUCAGUCCAUUUUAAGAAGUUCAAAUGCUCACUGGUUUAGCUCAACGAUAGCAUCAACCGGCUCAAUAUACAUAUAUAUAUAUAUCGAUUUAGAACGACUUUCACGACUCUGUGUAAUAGCGUUGAUGUGCCCGGGGGCACAAGUAGAAGCAACACAAUCUCUAAAGCAGUAGCUCGAUCUAAUCGAUGUUCGUGAAGUCAAUGUUCAGUCACCAUCCAGGAUGUGACGCUUUCCAAUACUUAAGAAGAUCUAACUUGAAUUGAAUACUCCAAUGCGCUCCAAAUAAUCUUAUGUAAUUCGUGCUUUCGUUUGAAAUUGAUCUUACGAGCAGUGCUAGCAAUCCAACCAACAUCACAUUAUCUAUUAGUGUCAAGUGCGAUUUUGUUUGAUUUUUUUUCUCACAACGCAAUAUCGUUUAUUUUUCCCAUAUAUUUUGCUUUGCUCGGCUUAGUCACGUUUUAGAUAGAACACAAGAAACUGCACUGUUGAAAGUCCUCACUCCGCAAUACUCCACUUAAUAUGUGACUAUAAUGCAUGUUAAGACAAGCUAUGAAAGAGUCUGAAAUACAUAUUUC